AUGAACAGUGGUACACAAUAUCGCUCAGUUCCGACGACAAAAAUAACAAAUACAAAAAAUAGCUAUCGUACACAAUCAACCUAUUUUAUUGGUAUAGCAAUUCUUUGUAUAGCUUUUGGGAUACCACUUAUCAUAUACGGUGCCUUUGAAUACAAAAUUUUUAAUAAUUUUAGCACACAACCAAGUUACUGUCGUGUCAAUGGCAUUGAAACACAACGACAAAUAAGAAAGAUUUUAAGUAGAGUCGAUCCAAUAUGGAAUGUAGACAUUAUUAAACAACCACAAAGUAGUAAUUCAGCAAAGGAUCUUCUCAUACUGCGUUCGAAUUUAAAAAUUAUCGGGCCUGAAGGACACGUAUUUGCAUCAUCGGCAUUGGAAGAAGCAGGUCGUCUAUAUUCUAUCGGUAAAGUUUAUCCAUGCUAUCAUCAUAAACAAUUGCUGCAUAAUGCUGUUGACACUCGUGAAAUAAAUUUAAAAUAUAAUAUUCAAUGGGAAAAACCAUCACCAAAGAUUGCAUUUGUUUUGUUUGCUAUUGCUUCAGCACUUAUAAUAAGCGGAAUUAUUGCUUUAUCCAUUGGCGCUUCUCUUCACUGUCGAUGCUAA